AGGAAAUAUAAAAAGACGCUGUUGCAAAUGUAAAUGCAGAACGGAAAUCAGAAAGCAAACCAAUGUCCAUGCUACGCUCUAUUGUAUUCAAGCGAUCCUCACCUUUACUGACCCGUAUUGGUGUUCGCCAUCAAUCCAACAUUCCCUUUGAUACCAAGCCGUUCCCGUUCCAGCGGUUCGAACCUUGCUGCCCUGACGCUGCCGCGGCAACCGAGAACGGUUUCGUGCCUUGCAAAAGCCAUCCUAUUCCCAAGGUACUUGGAAAGAAGAUUGAAUUAACCGAAGAUAUGGUCGGUCCAUCCUCGUAUCGUCAUAUGGUUAUCUGUGUUGGUCCCGACGGUUUGGAAUGGACUCGUGGCAAGGUCGAAACGGCUAAAGGCGGUAUCAUGGAAACGCUGCUCGGGCAUUUGAUGGAAUGGAUCCAGGCUAAGAAAACCAAGAAUGACUUUACCGAUUUAUUACCUACGGUGUGUGAACGACCGUCCGAAACCGCAUGGCCCACUUCCGAUAUUUUGGUGUUCCCUGAUUUUAACCGAUAUCCCGCUGUUAGCCCAAAGAAUUUGAAGGAAUCUCCUUUCUGGAAGGUCAUGGAUACUUUGUGGAUGGAUUGCAAGGUCCCGAAACUGCCAGAGAUAGAACAUGACAAGAUGGAAGGUGUGGACGCCGUGAUUCUUGUGUGCACGCACACUCAGCGCGACAAGCGAUGUGGUGUGAUCGGUCCGAUGCUCGUUGACGAAUUCCGAAAAUCAUUGAAAGAACUGGGAUUGGACAAGAAAGUAGAAGUAUGGGGUACAAGUCACUUUGGAGGACAUCGUUUUGCAGGGAAUGUGAUUAUCCAUCAAAGAGGGCUGGGCGGACACAUGUACGGCAAUGUUCGUCAGUGUCAUGUGCGUGAUUUAGUCGAUCGUCAUGUUGUGAACGGAAAAGUAGUCCGAGAAAUGUGGCGAGGACAAGUCACCCCUCCUACAUUAGAAAACAUUGAAAGCACUGAAAGCGCAAAAAGCACUUAGACCCUGUCCGAAAGAACGAAAAGACUUUUAAAAUAUCUCAUAGAUCAAUAAAUAAUGUACCAUACAUGUCC